UCCACUUCAGUCUUUGCUCUUCGUCUGUGUCAGCUCUUCGUUAGCUUAGAUUUACGCUUUCCUCUUCUUACAUUUAGUUUCUUAAGUUAUAUUUUAUUUAUCCGAGACCAAAAUGCUUACUGCUCGCAAUCCUCUUACCGUCAGGGAUGAAAACACACUCAGCAACCAGACCAGCAACAUGUCGCUGGACAAAGAAAACACGCCUCCGAGUCUGAACACCACCCGCAUCCUGGCGUCUAAAACCGCGCGGAAAAUCUUCGACGAUGCUGAGCCCAAAGCAGUGAAGAAGAGCAGCAGCAGUCAGGAGGAGCCGCUGCUGAAGGAAAACCCUCGCCGCUUCGUCAUCUUCCCCAUCCAGUACCACGACAUAUGGCAGAUGUACAAGAAGGCCGAGGCCUCGUUCUGGACCGCAGAGGAGGUGGACCUGUCGAAGGACCUGCAGCACUGGGAGUCUCUGAAGGACGAGGAGAGGUACUUCAUCUCUCACGUGUUGGCGUUCUUCGCCGCCAGCGACGGCAUCGUCAACGAGAACCUGGUGGAGCGCUUCACACAGGAAGUGCAGGUGACAGAGGCCAGGUGUUUCUAUGGUUUCCAGAUCGCCAUGGAGAACAUCCACUCUGAGAUGUACAGCCUCCUCAUCGACACCUACAUCAAGGAGCCCAAGGAGAGGGAAUACCUCUUCAACGCCAUUGAGACUCUGCCAUGUGUGAAGCAGAAGGCCGACUGGGCGCUCAACUGGAUCGGCAACAAGGGCGCCAACUACGGAGAGCGUGUGGUGGCCUUCGCGGCAGUGGAGGGAAUCUUCUUCUCUGGUUCGUUCGCUGCGAUCUUCUGGCUGAAAAAGAGAGGCCUGAUGCCCGGCCUGACCUUCUCCAACGAGCUCAUCAGCAGAGACGAGGGUCUGCACUGCGACUUCGCCUGUCUGAUGUUCAAACACCUGGUGAACAAGCCGUCAGAAAAAACAGUCACCAACAUCAUCAAGAACGCCGUGGAGAUCGAACAGGACUUUCUGACGAAGGCUCUGCCCGUGAAGCUGAUCGGGAUGAACUGUGAGCUGAUGAAGCAGUACAUCGAGUUUGUAGCUGACAGACUGAUGCUGGAGCUCGGCUUCUCAAAGAUCUACCGGGUGGAGAACCCCUUCGACUUUAUGGAGAACAUCUCCCUGGAGGGAAAGACCAACUUCUUUGAGAAGCGAGUGGGCGAGUACCAGAGGAUGGGCGUCAUGUCGGGCCCCACAGACAACACCUUCAGGCUGGACGCAGACUUCUGAGGACAGAGGUGGAGCGAUCCACACUCAGUCACACAUUUCAAAGAGAGAAACCAGGUGAUGAUGAAGGCCAUCGCUCCACUCUGUAGGAGGACAGCGGUUUUAUGAUCUAAAUUAACAUAAGCCUGUCACCCAGUGCAUUCUGAGACUCGCCUGAGCAUAAAGUCUAGAGCACAAAGAGAUAGGCUUUCAGUGUUGUAUAGAACAUUUUAUGAAAUGUUCUGCACCUCAGCAGAAUUGUGAUGAAUUAAAACUUCAUCUUAUCUUUUAUUGUAAACCAUCAGAGCAUUGAGGCCGUUUUGGUAUUUGUACGGUAAAACUAACUUGUGUUUUAUCUGCCCAUUUGUAAUGACAUGUAAACUCCAGAUGUGUAUAUUAGAACUUUUAGAUCAGUUUUGUAUCGUAGGUUACUUUUGUGAAAUAUGUACAGUUUGAGUGUUUUUAAUGCUGGUGUUUUGAUUUUGUAAUUAAAUGUGUCUGUGUGUAUAUAAACCUGAUCAUAAAAACCUGA